AUGACUUCGACAUGUCGAUACGAUUCAUCUCUUGGUCUAUUAACCAAAAAAUUCAUUGCACUACUUCGCUCAAGCGCUCAUGGCGACCUUGACUUGAAUUGUGCCGCAUCACAGCUAAAGGUACAAAAGAGGCGUAUCUAUGAUAUCACAAAUGUACUCGAAGGCAUUCAAUUGAUUGAAAAGAAUUCAAAAAAUCACGUACAAUGGAUAGGAAACAUGCAGGAUACAUGUGAGAUAACUAAACUUCAACAACGACUUCAGUCAUUAAAGAAUCAAAACCAAAGCUUAGAAAAAGAAUAUAAACAACUGAACGGUAUCAAGCAACAAGUCGACCUUGACAUCGAGCGGGUUCUCAUGUCAAAUGGAUCUGAUUGUUAUCUUACUCUUGAUGAUCUAACAAGAUUUGAACUCAUGAUUAAUGCAGAACGUGAAUCCUUUGUAGUGGUGAAUGCACCAUAUGAUACAGAUAUUGAGGUUCACACAAAUGAUUAUUAUCCUACCAAAAAACUGACUGAUAAGAAAAAGAUAACCAAAACAAAGUGUUAUAUUCGUGUCUCAGAUUGCUCCAAACAGCAUCUACGUGUAUCUUUGAAGCAAAAAGGAUAUUAA